AAAAAAUCGAACCAUUCAUCAAUAAGCAAGUGUAUAGCGAUCAAAGGCUCUGCUAUGUCAUGCAAGUCUGUGGUUGCAGUGCACUGCCAGGCCAAAGUUUGAUAACUAGAAUCUACAUUGGUUGCUGGCAGCUAUAGAAUAUGACACGUUUUAAUCGCAAUCUGGUCUUAGUUCUGCAUUACCGUUGUGUGUCUUAGUAGUGUUGGGUGUUGGUUGAUAAAAUUGAUAUUUGCUUUGUUUCGUUUCAAUGCACUGAUGAUUAUGCAGUCAGGUAACAAUUUCCAUCACGGUCAAUCUUUGCAGUCGUCAUGGUUACAUUAGCGUGCGUGCCUGUGGUGACGUCACCAUUCUCUGAGCGCUGCACCAUGAACGAUGAGUUUGAUAAGGACGACGAAGAUGGAGGAUGUGGUCACUCGACUCCACAACUGUCCAGUCUGGGCCUGCCAGUAAGUCCACGAGGAUAUCUUCAUUACAGGAACACGCUGCCGAAACGGAAACUGAUUAUACACUUGGACAUCAGGAACACCAUUCUCGUAGCGGACUCAGUAACCGAUGUAUGUGUUGAACAGGCUUUGAACAGCUUUCUAACUGGUGUUGUCUGGGGGCGAGAAGAAAAUGGUCAGUUUCUACUCCACUCCGAUCAACCGUCUAUUGCAUCUCCUAAGAAAGGUCUAUGUACUUACUACAAAUUCCUCGAGAAGAGACUAGUCAGGAAUCCAAAGUCCCGGCACAAUUUGCGGCUACAGACUGGGGACUUUGUCUUCACACCUCAAGGCCAAAAGUUCCAGGAGCACUUCCAUAAACAUUUGCAUCGUCUGCUGUGGACUUAUGAAUCUCAUCCAGUCCGAGACAAGAAACUAACCAUGUGCGGAAGAGAUGGUAAACCUUAUCACUACAUACUCCCUUCUGUUUAUAAGUUGAUAUACCAUCUCUGGGAGAGCAAUAGAGACUUCGCCAUAGUCAUCCGCACUUACGGACAAGACGCUCCGAACGUGCUAACGAGCCUAAACUACGGACUUCACGGAAAUCACCCUUCGUUUUCUAAGUCCAUCAACAUUAAUGUGAACAUGCACCCGGGGACAAUCAAGCGAAGAGGGGACAGCAUUGAAUUAUUCACUUCAAACGGGGGUCAAGAUGUGCAGCAAAACUUAGUGUAUGAGAAAGAUAUAUACCGGAAACUGUGCAACAGUCAGGGCAUCUCGGGAUACGUGGACGAUUUCGCCUUCUGGCAGAAGCACAACUACGAUCACGCAGCAGGAAAACCUUUCUGGGUCGACUUGAACGACGAACGCCAUCACCACAUCUUCUUCGACGACAACUUCCGGGCCAAUGACGAGGACAGUAUCAUUGACGUGCGGAAAUUCACGAGAGAGAACCCGCUCGAAGCCGUCAGCAUGGAGCAUGAGGAAGUGGCGCGACUGGAGAACGUCUUCUUGGUACAGGCCAAUUUACUUUCUAGCAUCGAGGACGAAGAUUAUUUCAUUCGGAUGACGAACUUGUGUGAACAAAAUUUUUACACUAUGUUUAAUAGUAAACAACUUUAACAUAGUCACAUAUAUAAUUACAAUUCUAAUCUUAUUAUUUAAUUAAUUAAAAAUGGUAAUAUUUUGACCUAAUGAUACAUUUAUGACCAUUGCAAUGCAAUACUACACUAUAGUCAAUUUGGGCGAUAUAUUAGGCCAAUAUUUGGUCAGCAAAUAUUGCAUUGAUUUGUUUUUAUUUUUAAAAACACUAUAUGUUGUUUUGUUUUUUGUAUACAUGCGCACAACGAAAUUUGUAAUAGAUAUGGGAUCAUUUUACAGUUCAUAAUAUGUAAUAUUGUUGUUACGGUUUUAAUUUGUAAUAUGUAUUCUUGCUUAGGUUAUAAGCAAAAUAUAUGUUGGAUCUAUUUUUUUUUAAAAAAAAAAGAUCAAAUGCCUUUUAUUUUAUUGAAAUACUGCUUACCUAGGCCUAUUUAUUAUUAUAUUUUUCAAAUACCUGCAUUAAAAUGAGUUUUGUUACAUGGAAACGCGCUGGCUGAGUGGUCAAGCGCUUGGCUUCUGAGCCGGGAUUUUUAACUUCGGGAUUUUUAGGGCGCCAAUGAGACCUGACAUAAGUUUAGGAAAAGUAAAAGUGGUUGGUCGUCGUGCUGGCUACAUGACACCCUCGUUAACCGUGGGCCACAGAAAUAGAUGACCUUUACAUAAUCUUCCCUAUAAAUCGCAAGGUCUGAAGGGGGAAUUUUACUUUACUUACUAAAGCUACAUAAGCCUACAUUUUCUUGUAAAGGCUACAUAGAAAUUUAUAUUCUCAUAACUGAAGUGUAUUGUUUUUUAUUGUUGUUGUUGUUGUUGUUUUACUGCAUCUUUAUGCUGAAUGUCUUUUGGUCUAAUAUCUCUUGUGUUUAUGAUUUACAUAUUCCGGAUGUUUCUUCAAAAAUUAAAGAGCAUCCUAACCCAGACCUCCCUACGGACAUCGGAGAAUGGUAGCAGGCAGGUUUCGAACCCGGGACCAUCGGCAGUCUAGAGAGCAUACCACACGCCAAGGCAGCAUCUUGUGGAGAUAAUGUGUUUGGGGUGUGUGGGAGGGUUGGGAAUGGGAGGGUGGAGAGGGGAGUCUGUUCUGCCUUAAAGUAUUUAUCCAAUACAACCCUGCUCAAACGUAGGAAUACAUUGAAAAACAACAUAAAAAUAUCUUUGCUCUGCAUUCACUUCGAAGUGAUUUUUAAAAAUUAUAUUUAAUUCUCAGUUCUUUGUUUCUUAGUUUAAAUUAUUUUUUUUAAACUGCACUUUGCUGUUCUGUGUGUAGUAAAAUUAUGCAUCGCAGAGUUAAUCAUCUUACAGGCUGACAAAAUGGAUUUCACACAGUUUCAGAUUCUAUAUCUUAAUUAUUUUUUUUUUAAGUCGACUCAUUCUAAUUGGACACGUUUACCAACUCAAUACAAUAUGUAUUGGCAUUUCAAUCCUCUGUGGCUUAGCAAGGAACCCGUGAGCCAGCGAUUUAAGAACAUGCUCGUUCCUCAUUCUCCUAGUAUAAACAAAAAGGUUAAAUGUAACAACAAGAAAUCUAGACAUUCCGAAUGUUCAAAAUUAUACGACAAUUUUUUAAUGGCCCCCGUGAUUCCUCUGUAGUCAUGAGCCAGGGGCAAUGAACCGUGAACUUCGUGAUGUAUGGAUAGACUUGAAUGAACCCCUUCGCAACAUGGUUGCUAUAAAUACCAUAUAUAGGCCUACCAUAUAUAAAAUAUAGGCAUUUCUAGUUGCAUGGAGGAUUUCACAUUCUGACAAAUCGAUUUUCGUCUCAAUGCAAAUAUUAUUAGAUCUAUGUCACAUCAGUAGUGAAUUGUGUGUAUUUUUAAAGGGGGAUAAAAAGCUUAUUAAUUACACACAUUGUUCUAAUAGAAAAAUAAAUAAACAAAUAGCAAAUGAUUGCAUAAAAUUAGGCCCACAAUCUUAUUUAGCAGGACAAGGAGUCUGAAAGAAUUUUUAAAGUUGUUUUUUUAUAUUACUCUUUACGCUUCACAGUGGGUUCCCAUUUAAGGUAAACCUUUUACUUGCUACGACCCUUCAUUAGGGGAUAAUUUAUUUCUGUUGAUUUGUUGUUCUUUUGUUUGCUCAUGGCAUGAGUACACUGCCUCGUUAAGAAUGCCUUUUAACAGAAUUCCAAAUGUUUUGUUGUUGUUUUUGUUUGGAAUUUUUAAUUUUAUAAUUUUGUAUUUUUAAUUCGUCUUUUGAAUAUCUGUUCUUCUCAACUUUGAUGUAUUAACUUGUACAAACUGAAUACAUUAUUAUUUUGUUAACAUGUAAUAUCAAUGGAUAGCCUACAUAUUCAAUAAAAUAACUUUUUUAAAACAAA